AUGAAAUAAUUUUUUUUGGCUGUUUUUAAUAAAGAAAUAGAUAUUGUAUUUGCUAGGAAAAUAAAUUAUGAUGAUUUAAAUGUUUAUCUGGUAUUGGGGAAUUGUAAUACCUCAUUUAAACUUUCAUAUGAAGUAUCUACUUAAACUUUGACAAAUGCUUUAAAAUUGGAUAAUAUUUAAUUAGCUUUUGAGAUAAGUGAUGAUACUAAACUUAAGAAAACUUUAUACUUGUCGUUUGAGUUGAAUUUGUUUUCUCAUAAUGAUUUUAGAAUAGAAUUCGAAAUAGAUCUUUUAGAGAAAACAAAACAAUUUGAAUUUAAUUUUAAUUUAGAACAAAAUUUACAUAAGUUUCUAGAAAUUUUGAAUUCUUAUUAUGAUUUUAAGUUACCUAUUUUUUCUAGUGAUUUUAAAAAUAAGUAUUUGGAUCUUUCAUGUACUUUAAAACUUAGUAAGACAUAUUCCUUUUAGAGUUUAAUACUUGAAUGUAAGAAAAAUUUAUCCAUCAGAAAUGGUAUCACAUAAUUUAAAUAAAUUACUCUAAUAUUGGAAAUCAAAUCAAAAUCCACAUAAUUAAGCUUGUAAUUUGAUGUAAAUAUUUUUGAAAUUCCAUUUACUCUUUAAUAUGAUUAAGGAAAAAAAAAAUUCACUUUUUAGAACAAUAGCAUUUUCUCUCUAAGAGGAACGGACAUAUUUUCUUAUAUUUAGAAAAAAGAUGGAGCCCAGUUAAAGGAAGAGAAGGAAUAUGACAGAUUUGACAUUUCAAGAUAGGAACUAUAAAUAACUGAUUUAAUUUUUCAAAACGACAAAAUAUUUGUUACACUAAAAGAACCAUAUCAUAAUAUCAAUCUUUAUUUUAGAGAUCAUUAUCAUUCAGCGAUUUUCUAAUAUUCAUUUGAUAAUCAUAGGAAGUUUAAGGAUAUAUUUAAUUAUUUAUGUGAAUUUGAUUAUUCUUUUAAAUUAAAAAAAGCAGAUUGCUUAUUUAUAUAUACUAAUUAAAAUGGAAAUUUUAUUUUCAAGGAAUUAUAGGAAAAUACAAAUUAUGUAAAUUACUUGAAACUUAUUGAAAAGGGAGAAAUAAAUAAGCGAGAAUUUAGUUGGUUUGCAAAUUGUAGAGCUCAAAUAAAAUAAGAGCUCAAAAUUAUUUUGUUUUUUCUCCCAUAAGAAUUCGAUUUAUAAAUAUAAUAUUAGAAUCUAAAGGAACUUAAGGCUCAAAGUCCAGAAUUUUCCUUUGAAAAUGCAAAUUUAAAAUGUUCAUUUCAAUUGAAAUCAGAAACUCUUCCAAGUUAUAAAAUUUAUCUUCAAUUGACAUAAUUUUAUAAAGAUUUUGGAAGCCUAACAUAUAAAGGUAAUAUUUAGUUCGGAUAAGAAUCAUAAGAAGGUCAUUUUGAGCUUGUUUAUAAUAAGGCUUUUCGAAUAGUUGGGAUGAGCUUUAAUGGAAAAUGUUAAUUUAAAGUAAAAAAUUAAUAGAUAACUGAAUUUUUAGGAAAUUUAACUGGGGAAGUCUAUAAAAAUAAGGUAAAUCUCAUUCUUUUUAAUUAUUAUCACUUUAUUCCAAAAACAUGGGUAGUUGAAAUUUCUAACUCAAAUCUAUAAAAUUCAAUGGAGAUAUUUUGUAUGGAAAAAAUUUUUCCAGAAAAUUUUUUUGAUUUCUUUACGAAAACAGAAAGAAUAUUAUUUUUCAAUGGGGAAAUCGAUUUAGAUCUUACUAAUCCAAUUUUUCCUAAAGAAAUAAUGCACAAGUUAAAGGAUACUAAAUUUCAUACACUUUUGUAAAAAUUUGAUAAAUUAAAAUUUUCCAAUUUUAAAAUUGAAUUAUAGGAUUUAGAGGAAACUUCAUUAUCGUGGAAAAAAUAUAAACCUGUUUUCAUAUUUAUAGAAGACUAAGAAGGAAAUUAAAAUUUUGCAACAUCUAGUACUCUAUUAUUCAACAAUGGAGAUAUAUAUAUUGGGAAAGGUUGGGCUAAAUUUACAAUAACUUGUAUUGAUUUUGAUAUCAGUUUAAAUUACAAUAUUGAUGUGAAAAAUAGUUGCUUUGAUUUAACAGCGAAAUUAUCGGCUAAAAUCUUUGAUAAUAUUCCUUUUACUACAUGUUCAAAAUACAUAUUAGGGAAAGGUUUUCCUUUAAGUUGUGAUUUCUAAUGGGAUAGAAAAUAUUGCAAACUAUGUUUAGAACUAUAACUAUUUAGACCAAGAAUAAAAGGUAGUUUGGAAUUCGAUAAAACUUCCUGGCUUCAACUUGAUCUUAAAUUGAUUCAAAUCAAAUAUAUAGGAAUUGAAUUUAUUGGUGAUGUAAUUUUUGGAGUUGCUGCACAUUUUAUAAUUUCAUUUUCAUUUUGUUAAAAUGAAGAGCAUAAGAGUAGGAAGCCAAUUUCUUGGAAUGCGUAAUUAAUUAUAAAUGGAGUAAAUCUAAUAAGAGAUGUUUUUAAAAAAUUUUCGAAAUUAUUUGAUGAUGGAUUUUUAAAAAAAUUAAAAAGAUUUGGAAUAACGUUGAAACAUGAUGAUUAUGAAGUUAAAAAAAUGAUUUGUAACAAAUAAAAAGAAAUUAAGGAGCUAAUGAAAGAGAUUGAUGUUGAUGUUUCUGGGGAUAUUGAAAAAAUACAAGUAGAAGUCGAAAAAUAUGAAAAAGAAAUAAAAGAAGAAUAAGAAAAAAAAAAAAUCUUAAAAGAGAAAAUAUGUGAAAAAGCUUAAAAAGAUGAAAAUAAGGAAUCUAAAUAAGACAAAUAAGAAUAAAAGGAAAAGUAACAUUAAUAAAAUAAAAAGUAAUAAGAAUAUGAAGUAGAUGGGAAUGAAAAAAAUAAAAAUAAAAAAGAUUAAAAUAAAUCCAAAUAAUAUAAUCAUGACCAGACAAAAAAUUAAAAUUUAACAAAUUAUAAUGAUUUGGAGAAAGUAUAUAAGAAAGAAAAUUCUAAUGAAAAUAACAAAAAAGGAUAUGAUUAUAGAUAAAAUAUGAAUAAAAAUUCAUAAGCAUAGGAGAUAAGUGAAGAAAAAAUUGAAUAAAAAUAAUAAGAAUAAUAAUUACAAACAAAAAAAACUAACAAUUAAAAUACACAAUCAUCAAAUACGAACAAUGGAUAAUAGACAUCAUAAUCAUCAAAUACUAAUGUUGGAUAAUAGACAUCAUAAUCAUCAAAUACUAAUAAUGGAUAGUAGACAUCAUAAUCAUCAAGUACUAAUAAUGGAUAAUAGACAUCAUAAUCAUCAAAUACUAAAAAUGGAUAAUAGACAUCAUAAUCAUCAAAUACCUAUAUUGGAUAGUAGACAUCAUAAUCAUCAAAUACUAAUAAUGGAUAGUAGACAUCAUAAUCAUCAAAUACUAAAAAUGGAUAAUAGACAUCAUAAUCAUCAAAUACUAAUAAUGGAUAGUAGACAUCAUAAUCAUCAAAUACUAAUAAUGGAUAGUAGACAUCAUAAUCAUCAAAUACUAAUAAUGGAUAGUAGACAUCAUAAUCAUCAAAUACUAAUAAUGGAUAGUAGACAUCAUAAUCAUCAAAUACUAAUAAUGGAUAGUAGACAUCAUAAUCAUCAAAUACUAAUAAUGGAUAAUAGACAUCAUAAUCAUCAAAUACUAAUAAUGGAUAAUAGACAUCAUAGUCAUCAAAUACUAAUAUUGGAUAAUAGACAUCAUAAUCAUCAAAUACUAAUAAUGGAUAAUAGACAUCAUAAUCAUCAAAUACUAAUAAUGGAUAAUAGACAUCAUAAUCAUCAAAUACUAAUAAUGGAUAAUAGACAUCAUAAUCAUCAAAUACCUAUAUUGGAUAGUAGACAUCAUAAUCAUCAAAUACUAAUAAUGGAUAGUAGACAUCAUAAUCAUCAAAUACUAAUAAUGGAUAAUAGACAUCAUAAUCAUCAAAUACCUAUAUUGGAUAGUAGACAUCAUAAUCAUCAAAUACUAAUAAUGGAUAAUAGACAUCAUAAUCAUCAAAUACUAAUAAUGGAUAAUAGACAUCAUAAUCAUCAAAUACUAAUAAUGGAUAAUAGACAUCAUAAUCAUCAAAUACCUAUAUUGGAUAGUAGACAUCAUAAUCAUCAAAUACUAAUAAUGGAUAGUAGACAUCAUAAUCAUCAAAUACUAAAAAUGGGAUAAUAGACAUCAUAAUCAUCAAAUACUAAUAAUGGAUAAUAGACAUCAUAAUCAUCAAAUACUAAUAAUGGAUAAUAGACAUCAUAGUCAUCAAAUACUAAUAUUGGAUAAUAGACAUCAUAAUCAUCAAAUACUAAUAAUGGAUAAUAGACAUCAUAAUCAUCAAAUACUAAUGA